GGGCGGGGCGGGUCUGCAUCCGCGCGGCCGCGGCUGCUCCCGACCGCCAGGCUCCGCUCGGCCUGUCGAGGCUUCACGCCGCCCGCCCCGUUCGCACCGGCUCUCCGGCCAGCCGGGCCGACCGGCCAUGGGCGCCCACCCGCGCGGAGCCCGCGCCCCGGGGCUCUGGCCCCUCCCGGCGCCGCCACUACUGCUUUUGCUGCUGCUGCCAGUGACCAGUGCCUCCGAGGCUGAGCACCGGCUGUUUGAGCGACUGUUCGAAGAUUACAAUGAGAUCAUCCGGCCUGUGGCUAACGUGUCUGACCCAGUCAUCAUCCAGUUUGAAGUGUCCAUGUCUCAGCUAGUGAAGGUGGAUGAAGUAAACCAGAUCAUGGAGACCAACCUGUGGCUCAAGCAAAUCUGGAAUGACUACAAGCUGAAGUGGAACCCCUCCGACUAUGAUGGGGCAGAGUUCAUGCGUGUACCUGCACAAAAGAUCUGGAAGCCAGACAUCGUGCUGUAUAACAAUGCUGUUGGGGAUUUCCAGGUGGAUGACAAGACUAAAGCUUUACUCAAGUACACAGGGGAAGUGACCUGGAUACCUCCGGCCAUCUUUAAGAGCUCGUGCAAGAUCGAUGUGACCUACUUUCCAUUUGAUUACCAGAACUGCACCAUGAAGUUCGGUUCCUGGUCCUACGACAAGGCGAAAAUUGACCUGGUCCUGAUCGGCUCCUCCAUGAACCUCAAGGACUACUGGGAGAGUGGUGAGUGGGCCAUCAUCAAAGCCCCAGGCUACAAACACGACAUCAAGUACAACUGCUGCGAGGAGAUCUACCCGGACAUCACAUAUUCACUGUACAUCCGGCGCCUGCCCUUGUUCUAUACCAUCAACCUCAUCAUCCCCUGCCUGCUUAUCUCCUUCCUGACCGUGCUUGUCUUCUACUUGCCCUCUGACUGUGGUGAGAAGGUGACCCUCUGCAUCUCGGUCCUCCUCUCCUUGACUGUGUUUCUCCUGGUGAUCACUGAGACAAUCCCAUCCACCUCGCUGGUAAUUCCCCUGAUUGGCGAGUACCUCCUGUUCACCAUGAUUUUUGUAACCUUGUCCAUCGUCAUCACUGUCUUUGUACUCAACGUGCACUACAGAACCCCGACCACACACACAAUGCCCAUGUGGGUGAAGACCAUAUUCUUGAACUUUCUUCCCAGGGUCAUGUUCAUGACCAGGCCAGCAAGCAAUGAGGGCAACACUCAGAAGCCAAGACCCUUCUAUAGUGCUGAGCUUUCAAAUCUUAAUUGCUUCAGCCGCCCAGAGUACAAAGGGUGCAAGGAAGGUUAUCCCUGCCAGAAUGGGAUGUGUGACUACUGUCACCACCACAGGAUAAAAAUCUCAAAUUUCAGUGCCAACCUCACAAGAAGCUCCAGUUCUGAAUCUCUCAAUGCCAUGCUGCCCCUCUCUGCUUUGUCACCAGAAAUCAAAGAAGCUAUCCAAAGUGUCAAGUAUAUUGCUGAAAAUAUGAAAGCACAAAAUGAAGCCAAAGAGAUUCAAGACGAUUGGAAGUAUGUUGCCAUGGUGAUUGAUCGUAUUUUUCUGUGGGUUUUUAUCCUGGUCUGCAUAUUGGGGACAGCAGGAUUGUUUCUGCAACCCUUGAUGGCAAAGGAUGAUGCAUAAGCCCUGAACUGUGUGUCUGCCUGAGGCUUACUUGUGCAUGUGCAUGGGGAGGGGCUCUUUUUAUUUUAUUUUUUAUUGUGGGAAAAUACACUUACCAUAAAAUUUACUAUCUUAACCAUUUUUAAGUGCACAGUUCAGUGGUAUUAAAUACAUUCACGUUGUUGUGCAACCAUUACCACCAUCCAUCCCCAUAACUCUUUUCAUCUUGUAAAACUGAAACUCUAUACUCAUUAAACAAUAAUUCCCAUUCUUCCCACCCCCUAGCCCCUGGCAACCACCAUUAUACUGUCUCCAUGAUAUUGAUGACUCUAAGUACCUCAUAUAAAUGGAAUCAUACAUC